UUUUUUUUUUUUUUUUUUACAAAAAUCAUAUAGGAUAGCUGGAUAGGAUAGAAUUUGUUGGAAAAAAAUAAGAUAGCAUCGUGUAAGAUUUUUCUAGAAUCCCCAAUGACAUCUAUAAAAACAACCCUAGUAGUCUUCCAAAGUCUCAUCAGUCAACAUAUUCUCAAAAGAAGUCAUACUUUUACAAAAUAUUACUCUCCUCUUUUCCUUCCAAGCUAGAAAACUUCAAUUCAAUGGCAUCAUCCUCCUCUUCUCCAUCUUCUUCCAAGAAGGUUGUCCUUAGGACUUCCGAUCGGGAAUUUUUCACCGUGAACGAAAACACAGCAAGGCUUUCUCAAACCCUCACGCACAUGAUCGAGGACCUCAGCGACAGCAACAAUCCCAUUCCGGUGCCUAAUGUCGACGCUAGAAUUCUCUCUAAGGUUAUCGAGUACUGCAACAAGCACGUUGUUGCCAAUAGCCCCGAAUCCGAGACCACUGAAGAUGAACUCAAGCAAUGGGAUAAGGACUUCCUAAAAGUUGAUCAAGAGACCCUCUUUGAGCUCAUUCUUGCUGCAAACUACCUGGACAUAAAGAGUUUACUAGACUUGACUUGCCAAGCCAUUGCUGAUAUCAUCAAGUCUAAAACUCCUGAGGAGGUAAGGAAGAUCUUCAACAUCGUCAAUGAUUUUACUCUCGAAGAAGAAGCCGAAAUUCGAAGGGAGCAUCAAUGGGCCUUUGAUGAUUGUGAGUAAGCUGAUAUUCAGACAACAAUUUCGAAACUGAAAGAAAGAAAUAUGAUUUGAUGUUGUUAUAUGUUACUCCAUACAAU